UCCGCCCGCCCCUCGCCGGGCCCGCCCGCCGCGGCCCCGCGGCUCCGCCGGCUCCGAGCGCCCACAGCAGCGGCAGCGGAUCACAAUGAAUGUGGAACAUGAAAUUAGCCUCUUAGUUGAGGAGAUUCGGCGGCUGGGGACCAAAAAUGCUGAUGGACAAGUGAGCGUGAAAUUCGGUGUGCUGUUUGCUGAUGAGAAGUGUGCCAACCUCUUUGAAGCCCUGGUGGGGACACUUAAGGCAGCCAAACGACGGAAGAUUGUCACUUACCAAGGAGAGCUGCUUUUACAGGGUGUUCAUGACAACGUGGAUAUCAUGCUGCUGCAGGACUGAGGCAGUGCUUCAGCUAUGUGUUCAUGGAAUUGCUUGAAACAGUUUGAUCAAUCAAACGAUUGUUUGAUUUGCCACAUACUCUUAAUAAGGCUGAUCAUUCCAAGGCAUUUUGAUGUAUUUUCUAUAUCUUUAUAGUCAAAAGAAAACUGUCCUUUUUUAGAAAACAUUUCCUUUUGUAAGUCUUCCUAAAAUAGUACUGUAUGUGAGUAAUGUAAAAUAUGCCA